AUGACAGUGUUUUUCCUUCCUUCCAUGUUACUUUCAUUUACAUCCAUUCCCGAAUCUCAAAUACCCAUAUACUACUCCAAGCUACUCUGCAUUUCGGUAGCUAACACUUGGUAUCAAGAGCCAUCCAUCCUGAUGGCUGAAGGCACACGUUCGAGGGAGGCACUCCAAAGACAGGUCGACUCCCUAGAAGAAAGCAGCAAAACAGUGAAUGAAAGGUUAGACCAACUUACUGAUAUGGUGAGAACAUUAAUCGCUAAUCACAAUAAUAUGGUGAAUAGAGAAGUACCACUAGGACAUGAGGGUGGAGAACCACAUAGGGGGGGUUUUAACAGAACUGUUAGGCUGGAGUUCCCUCAUUUCAAUGGGGAUAACCCAGCUGGAUGGACUUUCAAAGCAAACCAGUAUUUUGAAAUCCACCAAACAAACCCAGCCCAAAGAUUAUUAAUAGCUUCUUACCAUAUGGAGGAGGAAGCCUUGGUCUGGUACCAAGAUGCUUAUGAAUCCGGACAGCUUACUAGCCGGGACACAUUUGUAAGAGCCUUGCUACUGCGUUUUGGGCCAACGGCUUACGAUGACCCAAUGGAAGCUCUUACGCGUCUGAAACAAACCACCAUUGUUUCAGCUUAUAAAGCUGAGUUUGAAUCCUUGUCCAAUCGUUUAAGAGGUCUUUCAGCUCCUCAUAAAUUAAGUGUUUUCCUGAGUGGGCUAAAAGAUGAAAUCUGCUUGCCAGUUAAGAUGUUAAAUCCUAUUAACUUGGGAGCGGCUUUCGGACUAGCAAAAGUACAGGAGGAAUACCUCCUAACUUCCAAGAAGCCUUUCACUAGACCUCAUUCGGAUAGGUCAAUGUCAUCUUGGGGAACCAAUCCUAACCCCACUGGGCAGUACAGUGAAGGAAGCAGCAGUAGUAAGGGGGGGAGAUAUGUUACUCCUAACAGGAAGUUGUUCUCAACCUCAAUGGAUGAGAAUAGCCGCAAGGGACUAUGCUACCAUUGUGAGGAGAAGUGGAACCCCACGCACCAGUGCAAAGCACCAAAAGCUUACCUGUUGCAGACUCUUGAAGAACCAUUGGAAGCAGGACAGACUGAACUAGCAGAAAAUGAGGACAAUGACCCCGAGAUGGAGCCCUUAGUGGAGCAACCUGAAGCAGGGAUUUCGUUGAAUGCUAUGAGUGGGACCCCUAAUGCUCAAACAAUGAGACUUCUGGGCAAUUUGUGUGGAGUACAAGUGGUGGUUCUGAUCGAUUCAGGCAGUACAAAUAAUUUUAUGGACCCCUGGGUGUCCAGAAAAACCAAACUACUAGUGGCAGACCCAAGACCCAUUUCGGUAAAGAUUGCAAAUGGAGAUGUUAUCCAAGGUGAAGGCCAAUGCAGUGAAGUACCCCUCAAACUGCAAGGUACACACAUUACUACCUCCUUUUAUUUACUUAAAUUGGGUGGUUGUGAUCUGGUUCUCGGAGUAGCUUGGUUGCAAACUCUUGGCCCAAUAUUGUGGGAUUUUGCAAAACUUACAAUGGAGUUUGGAGGAAGGGAUGGAAAACAAGUCCUAAGAGGAUUAAAGCCUGGUGAGUCAACUGUAGAGGGUAGUAGCAAGUCUCUACUCCACUCUAUAAACCGUGGCCAAAGAUUUUGGUUACAAUGGCAGGAAGCCCAAACCAUGGAAAAAAACCUCAGCUCUGAAUUCCAAAGAACCCACCCGGACAUAAAAGCCCUCCUAACUCAGUUUAAAAAAAUCUUUGACACCCCACAAGGCCUUCCCCCAACCCGUUCCAAGGAUCACAGAAUAAUCCUUAAAGCAGGAACCCAACCUAUUUCUACUCGACCCUACCGUUACCUACAUUACCAAAAAAAUGAGAUUGAGAAACUGGUGACACAAAUGCUACAAACAGGAGUUAUUAGACCCAGUUCCAGCCCUUUCUCAUCUCCCGUAUUGCUGGUUCGAAAGGCAGAUGGAGGCUGGCGUUUGUGUGUGGAUUACCGAUCCUUAAACAAGGAAACGGUGAAGGAUAAAUUUCCAAUACCAGUGAUAGAUGAACUACUGGAUGAAUUAAAUGGGGCUGUGGUUUUCUCAAAGCUGGACUUAAGGUCCGGCUAUCAUCAAAUAAGAGUGGUGGAGGAAGACAUACCAAAAACUGCAUUCCGAACCCAUGAAGGGCAUUAUGAAUUCCUUGUAAUGCCUUUCGGCUUAACAAAUGCCCCAUCAACUUUCCAAGGCAUCAUGAAUGAAAUCUUCCGACCAUUUCUAAGGAAAUUUGUAUUGGUUUUUUUUUAUGAUAUACUAAUCUAUAGUGGCUGUUGGUCUACUCAUUUGUUGCACAUUCAAAAGGUACUGGAGACCUUGCAGGUACACCACUUGUUUGCUAAGUUCUCAAAGUGUAAAUUUGGAGUUCCAGAAGUGGAUUACUUGGGGCAUAUUAUCACAGCUGAAGGAGUAAGAGCUGAUUCCUCAAAAAUACAAGCGAUGCUGGAUUGGCCACAACCGAAAAGUGUCAAGUCUCUAAGAGGGUUUCUGGGCCUAACGGGCUAUUACUGUAAGUUCAUUAGGCACUAUGGAACCAUUGAAGCACCUCUUACCAAGCUGUUGGGAAAAAAUUCCUUUGCUUGGAACCAGGAAGCAGAGGAGGCUUUCAAGGAACUCAAGAAGGCUGUUACUCAACCACCAGUUCUUAGACUACCAGAUUUCUCCCAGCCUUUUAUUGUGGAGUGCGAUGCUAGUGGAAGAGGAGUAGGGGCAGUAUUGAUGCAGGGACAGCAGCCCAUUGCAUUCAUGAGUAAGGCAUUAAAAGGGAGAGCACUUUCCCUUUCCACCUAUGAAAAGGAAUUGUUUGCACUAGUUACAGUGGUGCAAAAGUGGAGGCCUUACUUGUUGGGGAGGUUUUUUACAGUAAAAACAGACCAGCAAGCUCUAAAGUUUCUAUUAGAACAAAGGGUGGGCACAACAGCACAACAAAAAUGGCUGACCAAACUACUUGGUUAUGAUUUCGUGAUCGCUUAUAAAAAAGGGAUGGAAAACAAGGUUGCCGAUGCCUUAUCGAGGCAAAUCGAAAGUGAAGGCAAUAUGGAGGUUGCCUUGGCUAUGAUCUCAUUCCCAACUCCAGAGUGGGUGGAAGAAUUAAAGGGCAGCUACCAAGAUUCAACGGAAGCUCAACAAAUACUUUCAAGGCUAAAUGACAAUACAUAA